UUUAAUAUUAAAAGUUUUGCCGAAUUGCGUGAUUUGCGCAGACUUUUUCUUGUGUAUAUUAAUUUCUGAGUAUUAGAAUUAAUCGAAUUUUUCCACAAGAAAAAAAUGUUUUAUUACAGAUCAUCCACCAGUCAACCAAGCCAUAAGAGAAAGAUAUGAUUUUGACGUUGUGGGGAUGUGGCAGUUCACGUUUAGGUUGGCAAAGUCGUUGGAAUGAGACAAACAGAUUGGAUACUUAUGAAAAAAGUUUCGGACUCAAGCAAUCGAAAAAAUCAUCUGUGACAGAGAAGAGAACCGUAGAUGAUGUAGCAGAUGCAGAGGAUUUUGAAAUAGAUUCUACAUCACCGUGUCCGGUGAUUGAAUGUGUGAUAGUGACCGAUAGUUUCAUGUCUACAUAUUUUAGCGAAGAAGAAAUAAGACCAUAUCUAAAUAAGAUAAUUCGUAUGUCACAGGAAAGAUAUCUCGAUGAAUUAGAACUCAAUCUAACACUUCGUUUGAUUGGACGUAUCUAA